AUGGGUUGCUGCAUGUCAAAUGAAAGGGUAAAUUUCUCAAAAGACACUAAUACUGUUUUUGAAGUUACUAUCGAUGAACAGGGUAAGGCCCACAGAGUAGCCGAAGGAGAAGGAACUCACAUUAUCAGGAUAACGCCAGAUCAAGGAGAAAUUCUUGAAAGAAAA